UGAGCCUCCUGUCACUCCCUGAAGCUGCUCGGGUCACACUUGACAGCGGGCGUUCAUUGCCGGCUUCUUUCACCUCCUCGAGAUUCAUCCGGGAGUGUUCACCAAUGCGGAAGAAGGUUCCUGUGACCAUCGUCACGGGCUUCCUGGGUAGGCAUGAAGCACAGAAGCACACCGACACGACGGCAACAGUCAUGAUCUGCUGCUGUCCUUUUGGGCUCGGCGCAGGUGCUGGGAAAACGACGCUGCUCAGGUGCUCAUCUCAUCCAUGCGAAUGUGGAGAGAUCGAUCACGGCAAAGAUGCGACGGUCUGUUUGUUGGAUGGAUUGGGGUUUGUUCAUUCUUUGAUGUAUGCUGACAGGUACAUAUUGCGUCAGCCGCACGGCAAGCGCAUAGCAGUGGUACAGAAUGAGUUCUCGGAGGAGAUGGGCAUCGAGAGCCCCGUCAUCGUCGACGACAAAGGGGAGGUCUACAAGGAGAUAUACGAGCUCCCAAACGGAUGUAAGCCUCGGCAGACAGACAGACUCAACUCUCACGCAUUAAUCACUCGGAUGUGAUGUGAUGUGAUGUGAUGUGUGUAUGUUAACAAUGUGCCAUGGCAUGCAGGCAUCUGUUGUUCGGUGCGUGACGACUUGGUGGCGACGUUGGACAAUUUGCUGGAGCACCAGGACCGGUUCGACUACAUUCUGGUGGAGACCACGGGUGUGGCCGACCCUGAGCCCGUCACCGCCGCAUUCUGGGUGGACGCUAACCUCGACUCACGCCUCUACCUCGACGGCAUCGUCACACUCGUCGAUGCCAAGAACGUCCUGCGGUGAGUGAGGCCACACAUGUGGGCACAGAUUAUCGCUGGCUGGCUGCAUCGAGUGCAGGUCGGCUUGGGUCUGUGUGUUGUGUGCAGGUGUUUGGGUCACGAGAACUCGUCGAGCCCUCCGUCGGAGCAAGCGAAUGGGCGCGCUGGACAGGGAAAGGGAGAGGGGGAUGGCGAGGGGGAGAACGUCGACUGGCUGGAGAGGGUUCGGCAGAUGAGGACCGACCACAAGUCUGCAGAGGCGUCGGCGGGUAGGAAAUGGGCUCGUCGCGAGGGACUCCCCACAGACACGUAUGGACAUGUAUACAUGUGUGCGCUCACGUGGUGUGCAUGUGACUCAGGUCUAGAGGUAGAGGCAGCCAAGCAGAUUGCCUUUGCCGACUGCAUCCUGGUCAACAAACAGGUCAGGGGAACUAGAUCCACGACGCACACACAGGCUGAGGCAACGGCGCGUGUGCUGUGUGUUUCAGGAUUUGCUUGCCGAGUCGUCGGACAGCGAGCGUCUUGAGGAGAUCAUCACCUCCAUCAACCCAUACGCACGAAUCGUCAGGUGCAGACAGACACACAUACACACACAUGCACAGAUACACACACGUCCAUCAGCUGAGCUGACCGUCCUCUGGCCAUCCCAUCCCCCCAUCUGUCUGUCAGGUGCACCCGCUCGGAGGCCCCCCUGGACUCCCUCCUCCACCUGAGAGCUCUCGAGACAGCCGAGACGCAGCCACAAGCAUUCAUGCUCGCACAGCCGCCAAACAGCCGACAAAACAACCACAACCACCAUGACGACCACCACAACCACAAUCACGAGCAUCAGCAUGAUCAUGAUGAGCACCACGAGCUUGAGCACCCACCCAAGCACAGCCACGUGGGCGCCCCCUCCCAUGCGCACUCACAUGGCCACCCCCUGGUGGACAGCGUCCUGCUCACAAGACCGACGGCCGCCAGCGGCAGGGCGGGGGGAGGCCAAGGGCGGGUGCUCAGCUGGGAUGCCGUCAAUCGGUGGAUAGCCAGGAUGCUCUGGGAAGCUGCCGCCGGCAAGAUAUACAGGUCGGUGACUUAGUAAGUCAGUGAGUCAGUGCAGCCGACGCACGCAGCACAUGUGUGUGAGAGAUCCCAUGUGUGUGUGUGUUCAGGUGUAAAGGCAUCUUCACGGCCAUCGGAGGUGACGAGGAAGAUGACAGUGACAUGCCCGGCGCAGAAGACGACGACGAAGCCCCCGCACUGCAACCGUCACCGUCGCCAGCAGCAGCAGCAGCAGCAGCAGAGACGACCGAUGUCCCCCGGCUGUUCGCCCUGCAGGGUGUCGGAGAGCUGUUUGAGAUCGAGCGGGUGAGGGACAACAACGGCAGUGGCGGCGAUGGCGAGGGUGCGUUUCAGUCCAAGUUCCUCUUCAUCGGUCGGCAUUUGGACCGUGAGCAGCUGGACAAGGGGCUCGAGCAGUGCUGGGCUGAGGCUGCCUGAUCUGCAGAUGGCCAGCCAAUACAAUCAAUACAUGGACGGGUUGAUUGUUGAUGGAGUUAGUUGUGCCUUCACUCACUCACUGCUGAGUGAGUGACUAGGUAGGUAGGACAGUCAUUGAAUGGUGCAAUGGAUGGAUGGAUGUGAUUCGACAUACACACAUUCGACAUGACAGAUAGACAGACAGCCACCCAGGUGUGUGCGCUAAGUUAAAAUGGAUGGAUCAUAU